UUUAAUCUAUUAAAAGUAUUUUAAUCAUCUCAAUUCAAGGGGCUGGGGUAACGAAACGCAUCACACAUCAGUGACCAUGGCGUGCUACUAUGACAACCAUUCCAUGGUAAUGAUGAUGCUAUCCAACCUGGGGAGUUUUCAGGUCUAUCUCCUCGAUCAAGAUGAUGCAUUGGCAUCGCUUCAGUGAAACUCGGAGCACAUCUCUCUUCAACAUCGCAAAGGAAAAGAAAAUUUAUAACUUUUCCAUCAUCUCUUUAUUAGUUUAUAUAUAUUUUUGUACGGAACAAUUUUAAAAACAUGAAAAAUUAACCUGGCUGAUAUUGGAUUGUUCACUUCAUCAACCUAUAAAAUAGUAUUGAAGAGUGAUUAUACAUUCAAAUGCAUAUGCACCAGUAAUAUAUCGUCUCUUAUUGAGCAAUUGAGUUGUUUUUUAAUGUUCUGAUGUGCUUCGGUAUGAUAAAAUGACAGGAUUGUGAGACAGACAAUUUGGCCGUGAUCAUCAUAAUUCAUCAAGGUAUUGAAGACGGAAACUGAACACAAACUUGCAGACAUAAUCGUUUAAGCUUUGGGGAAGCUGAUCUUAGGAAACGGUUACGUUUUUGGGCACCAUGAAGAUAAAGAAGCAGUUUGGACCUUUCCAGGUCCUUGGCUUGGUUCUCUCUGUGAGUGUAAUAUACGAAUCAACUGCAGCCACAUCUACGGACCUCAUCUUGUGUCAGAACCAACAAGAAACAAUAGACUGUUCUCCUGGUACCAUCAAUAUCAUUGACUGCAAGUACGGCCGAAGUGCUCCAGGUAGUGUGGCUUGUCCGCAUUCAUCAAUCCGAACUACAAACUGUGUGCAAGAUGAAUUGCCUUAUGCCCAAGGUCUAUGUCAGGGUGAACAGACUUGUGACCCUGCGUGCCGUUUCAAUUAUGACCCAUGUCCGAAUACCUACAAGUAUCUUAAUGUCACCUAUUCUUGUAAUUCAGCGGUACCUGCAACAGUAGCCCCUACUACAGUGCCUACUACAACUGCCGCCGCUGGUACUGUAAGAAUCGUGGAGGAAAGUAAAACAGAAAGGAACUGUCAGAAUGACCAUCGUAGCCCAACGAGUACCCUACGAUGUACAGCGGGACGAGAGAUCGUGGUAACCAAAGCGUUCUGCUUGGGCUAUGAGGAAUGCGAUGACUUUGAUCGUAGUGAUUUUACCUCGUGCCCCACUGACGAAAGGACGAUCUUGUAUAAUACAAUUUGCUCAUUCUCACCUAAUCCUCAUGAAUGCGCUCUUACUUGUACAGGGUCUUGCCCUGAGAGAGAGAGCGGCUAUUUAUUUGUGCAGUAUGAUUGUGUCAUUGACGGCCCAGUGGGACCAGAGACAACUACGAUCGCCACUACCACACCUGCUCCUACUACAACUAUUCCAACUACCACAGCACCUGCUGCGACAACUACAACGCAAACAACUACCCCAACCACAACUCCGCCUGCAACUACUACAUCGGCUCCAACCACUGCAGCGCCCUCAACGACGAGUGUAACAACUCCAAAUGCAACGACAAAGGCAUCGUCUCCUGAGGCUGUGUUUGAGGAGUUCCUCGCAGAAUGUUUCGGAAAUGCCUCCGCAGGAGAAGCGGAUGUGAAACCCUAUCGACCUUUGACCUUUACCUCGUCUGGUGACGAUGCAGAGUCCCGUUUAGUUGUGAACUUCCAAUCAGCAUCUCUACAAUCCAAACCAGUUAAACUAGCCAUCGCGGCCUUCAGUGAACCGAGCCAGUCGGAUGGUUGUGGUAGCGCUCCCGAUUUGGCAUCAAACAAUACUGAUAAUAACGAUACCAAUGUUGAAUCGGCGUCUUCUUCCCGCGCUCUUAAUUCUGUUGUCAACGUAACGGUCUUCUGCUUCAACGGGGCCCCGCUUCAACUCAAGGAUGGGGAGUAUGUGGACGUUGCUUUUCCAGCCAAAAUAGAUUUUGAGAACGAGGUGCCUCUGUGUACAUCAAUGAGAGGAGCCGCAUCGGAUUGGAAAUGGACAACAGAUGGUUGUAAAGUUGUCUACUCGAACUAUACCCACGUGACUUGUCGAUGCGAUCAUCUCGCAGCUAUUGCCCUUGAAAGAGCCCCAAAGGGUUUUACUGUAGGCCAUGUCAAUAUCAUUGCAUUGCUUCUCAUCGAGAGGGUUCUCGGGGGAAUAUCAAUCAUCAGCCUUCUCGUCCUGGUCAUUGUUUACUACAUCUUUGGUAAUCAGCAGUCGCAGCUUGCAAAGGUCCAGUUGAACAUAGCAAUGUCCUGCUGUCUUGCUCACCUUAUCUACCUAGUAGGAAUGGAAGCUACAAGCAACCUGCACGUGUGUGCAGCCAUGGCAGCAGCUAUACAAUACCUCUUCACAGUGUAUGGGACAUGGUUGGUCGUACAGACAGCAAUGUUUCUUCACACAUCUUACAUACACGGAAAGACGCGGGAGGGACUGCAAGCACCACUCAUUGCACCCAAGACCUUUGGUCUGGAGCUGAUACCCCUUACCAGGACUUUCAUCGCUGCUUGGGGAGUUCCUCUGGCCAUGGUCGGACUUCUCUACAAGGAAUACCCUCACGCAUUUGGAACACCAGAAAGCUGCUGGCUUGUAGAGUCUUUCACACCGUACAAGAUCUUUUUAUCGACGAUUAUCAUCGGAGUACUGGUGAAUAUUACCUUAUCCAUCAUCACUGCAUACUAUAUGUUCAGGAUUGAACGUACUUUCCAUGGGGAUGAUGAGGAUUACGAGGAAUGGACUGAUAAACUGAAGAUACUUGCAAAGUGGUGUCUCCCUACUUCGGUCCUGCUUUCCUUGGUCCUGGUCUUUACUUGGGUCCUACACACGGUCUACCACACUUGGUCCAGUCUGGUCUUAGACUACAUGUUCCACAUCUGUGUCAUGUCCCAGGGCAUCAUUGUCUUUGUGUUCUACUGUCUCUUCAAUCCCCAGCUUCGCGAAUCUCACAACAGGAAGCAAGACUACGUAACUGACGACACGAACCCAGAUGAAGGAACCAAGAAAUAGACCUGGUCCUUAACCUAGAACAAGACCUGGGCCUACGAUUGAGUCUUUGUUAUCGAUUAAGAUGGCCUUGUUGAAUCGGUUUCCUAUCGCUUAUCAAAUACAUUAUAUUAUGUGUGAUUUUAAGAAAACCAUUGUGUCAAUAAAGCAUUUUUAAUGUAUGUAUUGUUUAUUCAAUAAAUUUUGCAAGUCAUACGGCUGCUGAAUGGUAAGAUAUGACUAAAAAAUAAACUUAAUUAAGUUAUUAAGAAGGAGCGUAAUGAUGUACUUAAUGCAUUGUUUUAGUU